AUGCGGCGAGUCAAGAAAUCGCGCAAUGGCUGUGGGAGAUGCAAGAGUAAACGAGUCAAAUGUGACGAACUUCAACCAGAGUGUUCCCGGUGCACACGUUUAGGAGUCCGAUGCCCUGGAUAUCUAAAGUCUUUACGAUGGAUCACUGAGAGUCCUGCCGCAUCGACUUCCGAGACCGAGGUCAGGUCGACUGCGCCAAAUCAGCCGCCUGUGGUGGCGCAAGAUGAGUCGACCUUUGAGCAUCACCACUUGGAAUCAGGGAGCUUCGACUUGGACGAGUCAAAUUCGCUCUGCGAUAACCUUUGGGAUCUUCCCGGUGGGGGCUUACCCGAAUUGACAGAUCUAUCACCAAUGACGGCAGCAUCACCGUCUUUUCCGCAAUCGAGAGACUUUGCUCAGGACUUCGGCCAGUCUAGAGACGUUGGGGCUGAUCUUUCGCAUUUCAUGUCACUUAUUGGACCGACUCCCGCACCUGAGGAGCAGGGUGAUAUUGCAUUGCGAGACUUUUCUCCUGCGACUAUUGUCCGCAGCUAUCCCCCUAUAUCUCAACGGUCUGCGCCUCGUAAUUUGAUGACAAUGUCUCGUUCAUUGAACAACCCCUCAUGGACUCUUAUCGAAUACUAUUUUAAAGAGGUGGCGGCAUUGUUCUCAAGUUACGACAGUCAAAUGAACCCCUUCCGAACUACGGUUUCUCGUCUUUGGGGUUCCUCUCUGGCAAUGUGUCGAACAAUGCAAAGCAUGGCGGCCGCAACUCUGGUCAACGACUUCCCUCAGUUUGGUCCAAUGGGCCGAAAGAUGCGAAACGAGGCUGUUGAGAUCAUUAACCGUGAAGAAGUAAUGGACGAUAAGUCGUUACUGGCGCUCCUCAUGCUCGGACAGACAGCUAGCUGGCAUGAUCCAACUGAUCUAGGUAUAUCAUUCUUCAAUACGCUCCGUAAGCAGCUCAACACUAUAUCAUCAACCUCGCACAGCCAAGAUUUCAGCUUCAACAAAAACGACAGUAAUAAUUAUCGGUUCUUCGAAGAAGCUCUGAUAUAUUGGGAAAUGCUUCUGUCGUUCGUCACAGACAACGACACAAUGAUCCUAUCACAAACCUCCCACUCCUCAUCAUCAAGUGAGUCUCUCGUUCUCCAACGAGUCCCACAUCCCUGGACCGGCAUUGCACGCGAAACACAAUUCACCGUGCACGAAGUUGGCCAACUGAUCCGCCGAGAGCGAAAACGCAUUCGAUCAAGAAGAUACACCUCUCAAGAGGACAUCACUCGCGCACAAUCAGCAAUUGAGAAAUCCUUCGAACUUGAAGAGCGCCUCUUAGCCCUAGCCCACCCAUCCGAAGCCGAAAUAGUCAGUCCCGGCGACGACGACACCCCAGUCUGGCACCUCCUCACCAUGGCCGAAGUCUACAGAUGCACUGGCCUAAUGCAGCUCUACCGCGUCUUCCCAGACCUGCUAUACAACCGUCUUCCACAAACAUCAGCCUCCACCACAUUCCACUGCCCAGGAAGCACAACAUCAACCUCAAGAGAUCCAUUCUUCCCCGUCGAUCUAGACAGCAUGAACCUCUCAGCCUUUGCAACCCAAAGUCCCGAGACACCAAAUCAAGGCCCCAAUUCCGCAGAUCCCACCACCACCCCUACCCCUACCCCAUCAACGAUACACCAAACCACAACUCCAAUCCCAAAUCCAACCCAAACCCCAACCCAGGACCCACCAGACCGCGAAGCCCUCUACAACACCUGGCUAACCGAAUUCGCCACAACAACCCUCUCGCGUCUAAAGACCAUUCCCCUGGAAUCCCGAACCCGCUGUCUCCAGCCCUUCCUGCUAGUCGCCUCAUGCUCGGAACUACGUCUGCCGCAUCUACCCCUCCAAGCAUCCGAGCAGGACAAUGACAACGAGCAAGAUGGGACUGAGCAUUCCACCGAUAACAAGUCCAAUUCCAAUCCCAAUGGCGGAACCCAUCACCCAACUAUAUCAAUGGAGGCAAUUGAAGUCUCGCGCACGAGACAGUUCAUCCUGGGCCGAUUGAAUCAUUUCAUGCAUCUGCUCCCGCCGAAGCCUAUUCGUGUUUGUCUGAAGCUUGUCACGGAGGUCUGGAGGCGCAUGGAUGAGGGUCGGGAUGAUGUUUUUUGGGUGGAUGUUAUGUUGGAUCAUCGGUGGGAGACUACGAUGGGGUGA